ACACUAACUAACACGUGUUGCCGGCUGUUUCGAUUUCGUUGCUUUCGGGAAAUAAAUAAACGUAUCGUUUUCGCAAACUUAUCCCCACAGGACUUGCACCAUUGAAAUGCCGCGCGUCAAGAAACAGAAUCCCUUUGCGGCCCGCAAGCGCCAAAAGCGCGAGAAUGGUCCGCCAAAACCAGAUCGGCGCGCCUUGCCGUACGAGGAGAUUAAGCGCGACAACGCCUUCUUCAUCAAGUACUAUGAACUGCAGAAGAUCUGCGCCACCGAGGAGGAGUGGACGCAGUUCCUCACAUCCAUACGCGACAACCUGCCGACCACGUUCCGGGUGACGGGCUUCAAGGACGAGGCCAAGGCGUUGCUGGCGAUCAUCGAGUCACAGCUGUUCACCGAGUAUGUGCGAGCGGUUGCCGAACUGCACCAGAAGGCACCCGAGGAGGUGGAGCGACCGCUGUGCCUGCCCUGGUAUCCCAACGGUUUGGCCUACCAACUGCAUCUCACCCGCAAGGAUAUACGCCGUUCGGAGCCGCUCUAUCGGCUGCACAACUUUCUUAUUGUCGAGACAACGGCGGGCGGCAUUAGCCGUCAGGAGGCUGUCUCCAUGAUCCCCCCCAUCGUGCUGGACGUAAAGCCGACGGACAAGGUCCUGGACAUGUGCGCAGCGCCCGGCUCCAAGACGGCGCAGCUGAUUGAGGCGCUACACGCAUCGCCCGAAGAGCACAAGAUUCCGCCGGGCUUCGUUCUGGCCAACGAUGUGGACAACAAUCGCUGUUACAUGCUGGUCCAUCAGGCAAAGCGUCUCAACUCGCCCUGCCUGCUGGUGACCAACCACGACAGCAGCGCCUUUCCCAAUCUACUGACCACGCAGCCGGACGGUUCCCAGGCGAUCCUUAAGUUCGACAAGAUCCUGUGCGAUGUGCCCUGUUCGGGCGACGGAACGUUGCGCAAGAACCCGGACAUCUGGCUAAAAUGGAACCUGGCGCAGGCCUAUAAUCUGCAUGGCAUCCAAUACCGUAUCGUCCGGCGCGGCGCCGAGAUGCUGGAGGUUGGCGGUCGUCUGGUUUAUUCCACCUGUUCCCUGAAUCCCAUCGAAAACGAGGCAGUGUUGCAGCGCAUUCUCAAAGAGACCGAUGGUGCCCUGGAGCUGGUUGAUGCCGGCCAUCUGGUGCCGGGUUUAAAAUACAAGCCGGGCAUGACCGACUGGAAGUUGGCCACCAAAGAGGUGGACCAGGUGUUCACCAGUUUCGAUGAGGUGCCAGAGAGCCUGCACACCAUCAUUAGGCCGGGCAUGUUCCCGCUGCCCGCCGACGAGAUGGCCAAGAUUGGCCUAGAGAAAUGUAUUCGCGUAUUGCCGCAUCUGCAGGACAGCGGUGGCUUCUUCGUGGCCGUUCUGGAGAAGCGGCGCCAGCUUGACUUUGAGAAGAACGACGUUAAGGAGCUGGUGGCUCUUAACGAGAAAGCCAAGGAACCCGAAGCCGCCAAGGAGCCGCAGCUGGAUGAAGAAGGCAAGCCCAUUGAGGAGAAGUCCGUGCCGUGGGGACCGCAACGGAAGCGUCGGCGCCUGCACGGCUACAAGGAGGAUCCGUAUGUGUUCUUCGGUGAGAACGAUUCCGAUUACGAGGCGAUUAAGGAGUUUUAUCAGCUGGACGGUUCCCUCAACAAGCGCUGCCUGCUCACCCGUUGCCUCACCGACAAGAAGAAGAACAUCUACUACUGCUCGGAUGUCAUCCGGGAUCUGGUGGUGAACAAUGAACACAACAUCAAGAUCAUCAAUACGGGCGUUAAGACAUUUGUGCGCUGCGAAAACCGGCAUACGGUGCAUCCGUAUCGCCUGGCCCAGGAGGGUCUGCAAGCAUCCAACGCCUUUAUGGGCGCCAGCAGGCGCAUCGAGGUGGAACGCGACGAUCUGGUACUGCUGCUCAACUGCACCGAUCCCACAAAGCCGCCGUCAACACACGAGCUCAAGCAGGAAACGCAGCAGCGCUGCAAGGAGCUGGGUGUGGGCAGCUGCAUCCUAAAGUACGUGGACGAGCGCUUCACGCUGUUCGUGGUGGGAUGGCGCGGCACCUCCAGCCUGCGGGCCUAUGUCCAGAAGGACGAGACCAUCCACAUUCUCCGCCUGCUGGGCGCCGAUCUCAGCAAGUUUGAGACCAACAAGUAUGAGGAGGCGAGAGCUGCCGCAGCCGCUGCAGCGCUGACGGCAACGGACGACGCCAAGGAAGCAGGCGAGGGUGGUGAGGGUGCUGUAGCCGAAGCGUCUGAAUCCCUGGUGGCCACGCCCAUGGACACCGAAACCGAGGUGGCUGCCGAGAGCUAGUUCAUCAUGGGAAUUUGCGCAGAAAGUAGCAUUUAAGAGGACCAAUAUUCACGUGUAUGAUAAGUAAGAAAACAUGCAUAUAUCCCUAAACGAAAAGCGAAAUUCUUUUUAUUUUGUUCAAAAAUAAUUCAUUGGUUAUUAAUAGAUGUAUUUUCUAUUAUAUUAUUAAUUAAAGUUCAAAAGAUCAAGUUAAA